AUGGCAAUUAGAAUCCAAGUUAUCUUAAUCGCCUCAUCGCUCCUUCUAACGUUCGUGUAUGGUCAUGGCCCAGCCCAGCCCGUUGAGACGACGGUGGUGAUCGAAGGCAUGAUCUACUGCCAAAGUUGUGAUACCUACGGUUCAUGGUCAUUAUCAGGAGCUAAGCCAAUUGCAUCAGCAAAAGUGAGUGUCAUAUGCAAAGACCACAAGAAAAGAGUAAACUUUUACAAGGCAUUUGAAGCAAAUACAUAUGGUUAUUUCUAUGCAGAGUUACAAGGUUUCAAAAUGGGACAUUCUUAUCUUGACCAUCCACUUCAUUCUUGUCGUGUGAAAUUGGUGUCUUCUCCUCAAGAAAAUUGCAAUGUUUUUAGUAACAUUAAUUAUGGACUCAAUGGUGCACCAUUAAGAUUUGAUGACAAAGUAAUUGAUCGAAGUGAUUACAAGGCUGUAAUUUAUACUGUUAGUCCGUUGGCUUUUCGACCAACUUACUGCCCUCCUAAAUAA